AUGGAGUCUCCAACGCGUCCCAUCCUCAGCCCUUCAAAAGCGCUCCAUCCGGUCUCACCGGAUCGCAUGAAUCAACAAAGCAUACCUACCUCGCCCUCACUACCGGCUGAUCUUCUCACAUUACACCAUAAGAGCACCCGAGGCGUCUCGGAAGUUCAGGCCAAAGUGGCCUUCCUGAAUGGUCUCUCUCGAGGCAGUCCUGCCAGCUCCUCUGCCAACAAUGCCGCUCUGCAAAGGGCUCUCAUGGGGCGCGAGGAAGCCGAGUCAGCCCUAGCAAACGCUCAAGAAGACUUGUCUGAAGCCCAAACACGAGAGCGCCGAAUCAGCGAACGCCUCGAAUCAUUGAUAGAAGAGCUACACGGAUCGAAAGAACGCCAGGCCCAUGAACGAUCGAUUUUCGAAAAGGAAAUCCGCAAGGCUCGCAAAGAGGCCUUCCGAGCUGGAUCGAAUGUGGUAAAACUUCAGGAAGAACUGAAACACUCGAAGUCAGAAGUCAAAGCGCUGAAAGAAGAAGUGGGAGCAGAACGUGAUGAGAAGGAAAAGGCCAGACAGGAGGCAUUCGAACGCGCCUAUGCUCUCGCCGGUCUCACAGAAGAACUCGAGGUCCUGAAAGAAAAAUUCCGUGCUCUCGAAGCCGAGAACCACUCAAGUACUCUUGAGGUCCGCGCUCAUGAGAUUCAGAAAGAGGACUUCGGCAGAAUCUCAUUAGCAGAGGGCGACCUGGCAUUCUUGAACACUCCGCGGAGGCCGAAACGCGCCGCUGCAGGAUCCAUUCUAUCUCCCGCUCCAGCCCACGAAGAAGAACACGCAGAAGCCACUCCUCCUAAGCGCCCGCGUUUGUCAGACUGUGGACCAAAGCCGGAGAGCGAACAACCUGAACCCGAACAGGCUCCUGCGGAGGUGGACGAAGACGCAUUGGACACAUUGGAGGAGAUCAAAGAAGAGCUUGACUACGAGCGCCGUCGCAGAGUAGAAGCGGAGGAGAUGGUGCAUUUCCUGAACAUCGAGUGCCAGUUCGAACGCUGUUCUUGCCGGAUUGCCGAAAGCCAGGGCCGUCGGUACAUCUACGAUGCUGAUUAUUAUAACAAAAUCCAAAAGCCUCAAAUUGAGGCCGAGGAAAGAGCCCGUGCUGAGCAGGCCCGCGUUCAAGAACCUAGUGUGCACCAAGUCCAUUCUCAUCCAGCUACAACCCCCGAAGCCAGCCCUCCCCCUCCACCACCUCCCGCUCACCGGUCUCCUGUCCACCCAUCCCCUGUUCACCAGGAUCCAACUCCCACUUCCCGGGUGCCCUCUCCUGAGCCAAGCAUCCACCAAGAAGAACCCGAGCCAAGUCGAACCCCUCUGGCUGCGCCGCCUGUGCCUGUCCACCAACGCAACCCAUCCAAUGUGAAGCCCGAGCCUAAGGAUAUUCCCAAGAUGCAGAUGCCAGCAGAGCCUCUGGUUACGUUUUCGCCUGAGACUGGUACAUUCACGGCAUUCCCAUCUCCUCUCCGAGACAACGUCAGGCCUUUGCGUUUGGAUUUCUACAACACACCUGAUCUCGCCGAACCUCAGCCCAAUAUGCAUGUAGGCUGUACUGAUAAGUCUGCAUCACCCGAUCAGCAGAUUGACUCGUUCACCCCUUCUGGAGAGCCCGCUCCCAUUAGAAUGGCCCGGGCUCCUCCGGCAGAUGGCGUCGUCAAACACCAAUAUGCAUCACUAUCCGCGGAAGCAAAACCGUCAAGACGCGUCGAGAGAGAACCCCAAGGACAUCGUCAGGCCAUCAACCCCCCAAAGAGGGCCCCCUCUCGACAAGAGCCACACUCACAACGCACCUCACACCCCGGCGUUCCCGAUGUACCGAUUGAUCGCGAGCAAGCACUCGCUGCGAUCAGAGCACGACGAGGUCGCACACACAGCAAGCAAAGAUCAGUCAGUGCCAGCGAAGCUGGCCGCGCAGCUCGCAUCUCGGCCGGAUCCAACCCAGCCUCUUCUCGGGGACCUCGACGCGUUCCGAACCCCAGUCUUCGGGCUGAUUCGAAAAGCGAGGGUGAACUUGGUGAACGCCGGGAUAUGAGUGCUCCUGUUCGGAUGUUCCGACGUUAA